GCUCAUUCUCUCUCUUCCUUCCGGGGUUUUUUUAUGUGUAAAGCAGCGCGGCCACACUCGACUUCAUUUUCAUGGUGGAAGUGUGAGCAGUGACAGACCGUACACACUCACUUUUAUAUAACCGUCAAUAUCAAGAUCAAACAAAAUCCCAAUCUUUCUCUCUCUUGCUGCUUUCAUUCUCUCCUUUAAAAAAAUAAAUGUACCACGACCAAAAUGAAAGCAGACUCCAAUGUAUAGCAUAAAAGUCUCUUCAUUUCACCGCAACAAAUGUCUUUCACUAUUUAGACCCUUUUAAUAUCUGAUGUGGGUUUUGGGUUUUUGAUACUGUUUUGGGUUUGUUUUUCUUCAAUAUUAAGUCUUUUGAAUCUUUAUAUUUUAUGUAUUGAUAAAGAAAAAGUAAUUUCGGUUUUAAAGGAUGUAUAAAGUAGGUGAUCAGAUAGAGAGACAGAGAGUUGUAGAGAAAAUGAGGAGAGACGAGGAGGUUGAAAAGAUGUUGAGUGAGAUUCAUCACCAUCAACUUCCAUAUUUCAAUAUUAGCCACCAACACACGCCUCUUGUGAGUGCUUCUGGUUCACCUUUUAGUAGAGUGACUCAGCUAUCAACAGGCCACUCUUUUGCUCCUUCGAGUUCUUGUUUUUCUCCCAGUGGGUUUUGUUUAGCUCAGGAUAAUUCUUCACUGUUUUCAACAAUGAGUUUUCCCUUUAAUGUUGAGGAUGUUAAAAAGUUUAAAACAUCGACUGUCACAGAUGAUCAUGUUGGUAGACUGUGGCUGGAUUCUCAAUCUACUGAGUCCUGUCGUUUUAGGAAGAAUGUUGGGGGUGAGAGGUUGGAUUAUGAUGAACUGGGUUUGUGUGAAAAUUUCUAUAGAAUGAGUGCUGGAAAGGAACAAAAGGAUCAUAGUAUUGUAAUGAACAGACAUGAGGUGAACCCAGGGGAGGUUAGCUUUGGUUUUGGCAAUGGCUAUUUGGGUGGUACUUUAUCCUAUAAUGUUGAAAAAUAUGGCAUAUCUGAUUGUCUCAACAAUACUGCUUUUGAUUAUCAAGGGUUCGAUACCUGUUCUGGUGUUGUAUCUCGGAGUUUAGAUGACGAAAUGAAGUCUGUGGGCUUGGGUGGUAGAGUUGGUGAGAUUGAGUUAAAGGAUGGUAAUUUUUUUCACAGUCGAGCUAUUGAAAUGCGUUCUGAUCCAUGUUAUGGUAGCUUAAGGAAUUGUGUAUUUGAGCAGAGAAAGGAACAGGGAAGGAGCUGGCCUAAUGAGGGAAUACAAUCACAGAGUAUUAUCGGGAGUAGGCCUUAUCUUAAUGAUGUUUUGGUUGGUUUGCAACGACUUGGAUUGGAUAGUAAUGGAGAGAUUGGUGCCAUGAACCAAUUGAUUUCCCCUCCCCUGAUGAAUCAGGAGUUGGGUUUAGAUUUAGAAACUCAGUUGUAUAAUAGUUCAUUGUUGAAAGAAAGGACUAGUGUGAUGCCAAACAACAGGGUUUCUGUGUCUCAUGUGUCUUUGAAUGAAGCAGGGGCGGUGGAUGGUUUUGGGGUUGAAGAUAGUUUCAUCAUACAAGGAAAAAGUCUUAAUAGUGUUGUCAACAAGGGGCGCAGUUCUUUGACUGGUAACCUCAACGAGCUUGCCAUCAGAAACCCACCAGAGAAAGUCUCUAAACUUGAAAGUUGUGCUCAUAAUGGAGGACUUUGUGAACAUGGUCAGAAUUCAAGUAGUUAUUUCCCACUGCAUUUGCUACCAAGUUCCGGUUCCUUGUCAGAGUUUUGCGGCUAUAUAUACUUAAUGGCUAAGGAUCAAAAUGGAUGUCGGUUUUUACAAAGGGUGUUUGAUGAGGGUACUUAUCAAGAUGUGCAAAUUAUAUUUAAUGAGGUUAUUGAUCAUGUUGUUGAACUUAUGAUGGAGCAGUUUGGCAACUACCUUGUGCAGAAGUUGUUGAAUGUGUGUAAUGAAGAACAACGGACACAGAUUGUGUUCAUGGUUACCAAAGAACCAGGGCAGCUUGUCAGAAUUAGCUUAAAUACAUAUGGCACACGCGUGGUACAGAAGUUAAUAGAAACGCUCAAAACCAGGCAGCAGAUUUCAGUAGUCAAAGCAGCGCUUAGGCCUGGUUUUCUUGAUCUAAUUAAGGAUCUGAAUGGAAAUCAUGUGUUACAACGCUGCUUGCAAUGCCUUAGCAAUGAAGAUAAUGAGUUUAUUUUUGAUUCUGCUGCAAAGUAUUGUGUUGAAAUUGCAACUCAUCAGCAUGGUUGUUGUGUGUUGCAACGAUGCAUUGCUCAUUCAAUCGGUGAACUGCGUGAUAAGUUAAUCACGGAAGUUUCGAAUCAUGGGCUUCCCCUCGCUCAAGAUCCCUUUGGAAAUUAUGUUGUUCAAUAUAUUAUAGAGCUGAAGAUCCCCUCUGUCACUGCCAACUUACUUUCUCAGUUCAAAGGCCGCUAUGUUCACCUAUCAAAGCAAAAAUUUAGCAGUCAUGUGGUGGAAAAAUGCCUCAAGCAUUUUGUCGAGAGUCGAUCACAAAUUGUCCAUGAAUUGCUGUCUGUGCCUCAUUUUGAGCAGCUGCUGCAGGAUCCAUUUGCAAACUAUGUCAUUCAGUCUGCAUUGACAGUUACAAAGGGCCCUCUUCAUUCUGCACUGCUCGAGGCUGCUCGACCGCACUCUUUCUUACGAACCAGCCCAUAUUGUAAGCGGAUAUUCUCCCGGAAUCUGUCAAAGAAGUGAUGUAAAUUCGUACGUGGUAACAAGUGUUGUUGUUCUCCCGAAGUUACUAACCUGUUCACUAUUCAGAUAAAGACUUGAUCUAUCUUGGGGCCUUCAAAAUUUGAAGCGGACGCCCUCCCGAUAACCCUUAAAACUUUACGAUUUUGAAGAAAGUUUGCUCCUAGUUGAUUAUUUUGCUGAUACUACUUGUAUGUACUGUUCUGCUGUCUUCUUCCUGUUGUUGUCUUUUUUAUGUCAAACUUCUAAUGUAUGAUGUUUACCCUCCGUAAAUGCCAUGAAUCACUUUAUUUCCUCUUCAA